AUGAGCGGGCAGUAGCUUUUCAAGAGGCGGGGGUGUCAAUUUAGCCUCUUUGGAACCAAAACAAGCCACCGGAGCUUCUAAGAGAGUCGCACACCGCCAAUGUCUCUGUUGUAGGAUGGAUCCAGACAGUGGGGCAGAAACACAAAAAGCUGUCAGUUUGCAGUGGAAAAGCUACAAGCUCGUUCAGGACCCAGCUAUCCGGCGAGUCACACAGAAAAUCUACAGAUACGAUGGAGUGCAUUUCAGCGUGCCAGACUCUGGAUUCCCCCCCGUGGGUGACCUGCGGGACCCCAGACCUCGGAGACUGUGGUCCAGGUACACAGAGAUGUCCCUGCCGGUGCCCAAGUUUAAGCUUGAUGAGUUCUACGUGGGUCCGAUACCGCUCAAAGAGGUGACCUUCGCCCGACUCAAUGACAACAUCAAGGAGCCCUUCCUGGCAGAAAUGUGCGCCAAGUUCGGCGAGGUGGAGGAGAUGGAGAUCCUGUUUCAUCCCAAGACCAGGAAGCACCUGGGUCUGGCCAGAGUGCUGUUCACCAGCACCAGAGGAGCCAAGGACACCGUCAAGCAGCUGCACAACACCUCCGUCAUGGGGAACAUCAUUCAUGCUCAGCUGGACAUCAAAGGCCAACAGAGGCAGAAGUAUUACGACCUGAUCGUGAACGGGUCCUACACUCCUCAGACGGUGCCUCUGGGAGGGAAGGCGUUAACGGACAGGCUGCAGCCUCAGGCCCCGGCGCCGGCACAGCCGCAGCCCGACACGUCCGCAGAAAUCAGGCGGAGGCUUUCCAGUGAGCUGGCGGUUUUGGCGGCUGGGGUCCAGGCGCUCACAUCUGGGAACAUCACCCCCUGCUCUGCGGACGCCGGCUUUGCCGACCAGCGUCUGGACACGCCGCCGCCGUCCUCCAUCGCGGGCCCCUUCACACCGGGCUCCUCCGCUUCGUCGCAGGGCGGCGGAGGAACGCCGUACAGCUCCAGGUCCGGGACUCCCUUCUCACAGGACUCGGGCUACACCGGCAGCAGACAUGCUGGCUACAGUGCUGGGAACCUGGGGAGCGGCUACCCCCCGCAGGACAUGCUGCCUUCCUCGUCUUCGUCUUCUGCCGUCUCGUCCACCGUCGGAGGGUUUAAAAUGUCCCGCUACUCUGACGAUGCGCAGGACCCCACGGUGUACCACCGCGGUCGCCCCAUGUACCCCCCAACCCCCCCGUUCCGUCCCAACGAGCCGCCGUGCUACCCGCCCUACCCCAGCGGCGGGGGGCCGGGGCCGCACGCGGCGCACCACUCCUCGAUGCCGCCGCCCCCCCUGGGCGGCCAGUACGAGCCGCCGCCCGCCCCCGAGCGGGAGCGCGACAGGGACUCGGGGGGCCGGUACGGCCCCGGGGGCAUCGCGUCCCGGAGGUCGUCGUACCAUCACCAGCAGGACACGAACUCUUCCUCCAAGUACCAUUCCCACCACUCCCACCACCACUCGGACCGCCGGGACGAGCGGGGCUACCGGCGCGACAGCGUGGGCUCCCGCUCCGGGGAGCACGGCCACCAGAGACACCGCAACCACCACCACUCUCACAACCACCACGGCGGCGGCGGCGGCCGCAGGAGGAGCAGCCACGACCGGGACCGCGAUCGAGACCGCGACCGCGACGGCGACUUCUCCAACAGCUCCGACCCCCGGUACAAUUCCAACUCGUACCGCUCGUCCUCCAACAGCAUGUCCCCGCCCCCGUCCUCCUACUCCGCCUACUCCUCCUCCAAAGAGCCGGCCCCGGCGCCUCCUCAGGGAUUGGACGGCUCCGCUCGUCUCGGCGGCUCCGGCCUCGCCGAGAGAAGCUCGGCGCCCGCGGCCGGCGCCGACAAGGACUACGGCCACCACGGCGCUCUGCCCCCGCCUCCCCCUCCGCCGCCGCCGCCGCUCCCGCCCGCCUCCGUCAUCGCGGCGGCCGUCGCCGAAACCCUCGGAACACUGGACUUCAACCAGGACAGUCCCGCUCGUGACGAGCAGUGGACGAAGCCCAAACGCCGUCCCAGCACGCCGCCGCCGCCCCCCAAGACGCCGCCGCCCUCAUCCCCGCCUCAUCCCUCCGUCGCCUCCUCCUCCAACUCCCCCUCCUCGGUCUCGCUCCCCCACCACCUCCCCUCCUCCUCCAGCCCCCCGCCACCCCCGCAGCGGGACUCCGCCUCCCCGGAGCCGGAUUCCACCAAUGAGAGCUUGCCGUUCGUCUACCACAGCAGCAGCCUGGACUCCCGCAUCGAGAUGCUCCUCAAGGAGCAGAAGGCCAAGUUCUCUUUCCUCGCGUCAGACGAGGAGGACGAGGAGGACAAGAAAGAGGAGAAGCAGAGAGGCCGGAGUGGAGACGGGGCGGAGCGGAAGGGCGGGGCGGGCGACCCCACGGCGGGGAACGAGCCGGGGGGGGACAAGGGGGAGAAGGAGCAUCGCAGGAAAGGGGAGAGGGACAGAGACGCUCACAGAGGACGCAAACGGGGGAAAGGUGGGGAGUGCCGGAAGAGCCCCAGCGUGCUCACGGCGGCCACGCCCCCCUCCUCCACCUACUCCCCCCACGCCCCGCCUCCGGAGGAGCCGCAGCCCCAGGCGGGCCUGCCGGGGGCCGCAGCGCUGCAGGAGGAGGCGUCUCAGCCCGCCGCCGCCGCCGACUCCCGGAGCCGCACCGGAGCGCACACGCCACCGUACAACGGCCAGAGUGAGGCUUCUCCUCGUUCCUCAGGCGAAGACAUGGAGAUCUCCGACGAGGAGGAAGAGGAGACGCCCGCCAUCACCACGGUGACCGCCAGCCAGUCGGCCGCCUCCGGGUCCUCGCCGUCCUCCUCCCAGGCCGCCCUGCCCUCGCAGUCCACCGACCCGUCGUCGUCGCCCCCGCCCCUCUCUGACUCUGCACAGCACUUUGGCACCUCCAUGCACCCCCCCAUCCCCUCCUACCCCCCUCACUUACCGCCCCCUCCCCCGCCCGGGUAUUCCCUCCAGCCCCCGCCUCCCCCGGGGAUCCCCCCCCUCCCCCACAUGGAGCUGCACCCCGAGUACCCCCCUCCCAUGCCCCACCACAUGUACGACUACGCCAGCUCCAUGGAGCUGAUGAGCCAGUACAGCGGCGGGACGCCCAUGUCCUUCCAGAUGCAGACCCACAUGCUGAGCCGGCUGCACCAGCUGCGCGUGUCGUCGUCCAACGGCACGCCCAGCCCGGGCGAGGCCGCCACGGCCGACUACGCCUCCUACCACCUCCACUCCAUGCAGCCGCACCACGCACACCACCCCUACAUGGACCAAGAGGGCAGCGGGACGGGCGCCCACUACGACCAGGACCACCGCUACAUGCCCCCCCACAUGCCCUACCCGUACGCCGACCCCCACGGCACGCAGAUCGCGCCCCCGCCGCACCACGGCCUCCCGCCGCCCCACACGGGCUGGCCGCCGCACGUCCUGCCGCCGCACUACGCCUCCUACAUGCCGCCGCCCGGCUACAGCACCAUGCUGCCGGCGGACGGCGAGGAGUACCGGGCGCCGGGGCAGGAGGUGCCCAUGCUGCCCGAGAACCCGCACGAGGCCACGGUGCAGAUGGUCCUCGCCACGCUCAUCCAGGAAAUGAAGAACAUCAUGCAGAGGGACCUGAACCGCAAGAUGGUGGAGAACGUCGCCUUCGCCACGUUCGACGAAUGGUGGGACAGGAAAGAGACCAAGGCCAAGCCGUUCCAGACGAUGGUGCGAGGCGUGUCCGCGCUCCGGGACGACGAGAAGAAGGAGGAGAAGGUGAACCGUCCGCGGGAGCCGCUCAUGUCUCUGGUGGACUGGGCCAAGAGCGGCGGCAUGGAGGGGUUCUCCCUCCGCGGAGCGCUGCGGCUGCCCUCCUUCAAGGUCAAAAGGAAAGAACCUCAGGAGCUUGAGGAGGGAGACAUGAAGCGUCCUCGGCCCUCCACCCCACCGGAUGAAGACGACGAAGCCGCCGACGGGAGAUUACCGGAGGCGGACCGGCGCGGCGCUGAAAGGGACAACAAGAGGAGGAAAAAGAAGCCCAGGAGUCGAAAGCCCUGGGAGCUGGACAGUGAGGGAGAGGAGACGUCAGACGGCUCCUCUUCUGAGAAGGAUCAGGAAGAGGAAAGUGAGAAGGAGUCUGAUGACGAUGCUCUCAGCGCUGACAGCGACGAUGAGAGCCUCUCCUCUUCCUCCGACGGCUCUUCCUCCUCAGCGUCCUCGUCUUCCUCCUCGUCUGAGGACGAGGAUGAGGAGGAAGGGGAGCGGGCCGACAGCGACGGGCCGGACUCCAUGGACGAGUCCACCAUGGACAGCACAACGGAGAAAGAGGACGACAGGGACAACAACGCAGCCGAAGCACCAAAGGCAGACGUCAAAACAGGCGACUCCAAGGACAACAAGGCAGAAGCGGCGAUGGCGCCCUCCAAACACCCUCCGUCGCCGCCGUACCCCCGGCCUCCGUCGCCCGUCGUCCUUGUGCCUCCUCUCAAGAAGCGCAGGAAGACGGUGUCCUUCUCCACGGAGGACAACGACCACAGAGCUGCUCUUCCUCCGCUGUCCCCGUCUCCGUCACAAGUGGCGGCGGAACCUCCCGCUCUUUCCAGCAAGCUCCCCGACUCCGCCGCCGCCCCGCCCCCUCCGGCUCGGCCCAGUCAGGGCAUCCAGCUGCUCCCCUUCGCCUCCAAACCGGGCGCGGGCAACGCCCUCAUUUUACCUCCGUCGGGGCGAAGCCCGGACGCCGAGGAGUCCAAGAAAGUCGCGCCGGUUCCGGCCCACGCCACUCCCGUCAAACCCGGCGCCAAGCGGGCGGCGGGUAAAGACUCGCCCAAAGCCGCCGCCCCUCCCGUCAUGGUGUGCCGCACCGUGCAGAACCUGCCGCUGGACCACGCCUCCAUGUGCCGCAUGGCGUUCGAGGAGGCCCCGCCCCCGCCGCCCGCCGGCAAGCGGUCCAGAGGCCGCCCCCGGACGCCCAGCCUCUCGGCGCCGUCCUGCCACGCCCUCAAGGAGGAGGACGAGGAUGAGGAGGAGCGCGAGCAGCGGCUGAGGCUGCGGGAGCAGCUGGGGGCGUCCAGCCUGCUGCAGCUGGCCUCCGCCUCCACCGCCGACCUGUCCGUGCUCGCCGACGUGGCGCUGAAGAUGGACCCCGAGGCGGCGGACUCGGAGGAGACGGAGACGUCGGACGAGGCGGAGGAGCAGAAGAUGGAGGAGGACCGCUUCUCGCCGGAGGCGCUGUCCCUGACCGUCAGUCCGGGCGGGGUCGUCGUCCUGAUGGAGCACAACUACUGCAGACCUCCGCCUCUGCCCGCGCCGCCCGCCGCCAGAAGGACUUCCUCCAGGCAGGACUCCUCCGUCCUGCUGCCGGCCGACCUCAACUCCAUCUCCGGGGUGCUGGAAGCCCCGGAGGAGGUCAUCGGGGAGGCGCAGCCCCCCAGGGCCGACGCCGGCGAGUUCCUGUCUGCCGUGGGCGUGCUGUGUGACUCCGAGGCCGCCGGCCAGGUCCCGGCGGGAACCCCGUCACCAAAGAAGAAGAGCGUGACCCCCAAGGGCCUGGAGCCGGAGCAGGACAAGAGCAAGAAGAGGAGGAGGAAAGACAAGGAGAACCUGGAGGUUCAUCACAGCAAGAAGCAGAAGGAGCAGCCGCCGCCGCCGCCGCCAACGCCGGGGAAGAAGCAGAAGAAGAGGAAGCUGGAGGACUCGGAGGAGGAUGUGGACGUGGAGGAGCUGGAGUCGGGCGAGCUGUCCAGCUCGGACACGGAGGACGAGGCGGCGGCGGCGGCGGCGGUGGAGGAGGUGAGGAAGAGCGAGCGCCUCUUCCUGCAGGAGGCCGGCGUCACCGCGUCCCAGCGCUGGUCCAAGCCGGCGCCGGCGCCCGAGCUCCUGCCCACCAAGUUCGACAACCGCAGCGAGUUCGAGCAGAUGACCAUCCUGUACGACAUCUGGAACUCGGGCCUGGACGGCGAGGACCUGAUGCUGCUGAAGAGGACGUACGAGAAGCUGCUGCAGGACGACCACAGCUCGGAGUGGCUCAACGACACGCACUGGGUCAACCACACCAUAACCAAUUUGCCAAACCCCCGCCGCAAGAAGAAGAACGUGGACGCGCAGCUCCGCGAGCACGUGACCGGCUGCGCCCGCAGCGAAGGGUACUACGCCAUCAGCCGCAAGGAGAAGGACGUCUACCUGGACCUGGACCUGCCGGAGCAGGUCAUCCGGGAGGUGGAGAACGUGGACACCUCGGGGGUGAACCGGGUGCUGUCGGAGAGGCGCUCGGAGCAGCGCCGCCUCCUCACCGUCAUCGGCACCACGGCCGUCAUGGACUCCGACCUGCUCAAACUCAACCAGCUCAAGUUCCGUAAGAAGAAGCUCCGCUUCGGCCGCAGCAGGAUCCACGAGUGGGGCCUGUUCGCCAUGGAGCCCAUCGCCGCCGACGAGAUGGUCAUCGAGUACGUGGGCCAGAACAUCCGGCAGAUGGUGGCCGACAACCGGGAGAAGCGCUACACCCAGCAGGGCAUCGGCAGCAGCUACCUGUUCAGGGUCGACCACGACACCAUCAUCGACGCCACCAAGUGUGGGAACCUGGCGCGGUUCAUCAACCACUGCUGCACUCCAAACUGUUACGCCAAGGUGAUCACCAUCGAGUCCCAGAAGAAGAUCGUCAUCUACUCCAAGCAGGCCAUCGCCGUCAACGAGGAGAUCACCUACGACUACAAGUUCCCUCUGGAGGAGAACAAGAUCCCCUGCCUGUGCGGGACGGAGAACUGCCGAGGGACGCUCAACUAGCGGCCGCCAACAGCCCCGCCCCCUCCCCCUCCCCCCACGGAGUCUUCACGCCCGGCCUCACCGCGCCGGGCGGACACAGACGCACACACUUGCACUUUUCACGCACACUGUUCAUUCUCGCCUCGGGUCCACGAGCCGGGGCGCGACGGGCUCGUGUCGAUCCGGCGGAUAUUUCAGGAGGCCCCGGUUCUGGGAUUAGGUUCAGUCGCCCCCCCCCCCCCCCCCCCCCCCCCCCCCAAAGGUUUACUUCUGUCCUCAAGCCAACGUCCGCUGGGGUGGAAGGAGCUUCACACACCAAACGCCAGUUCAGGGUUUUAAACGCUCGCUCUCUCGCUCUCUCACUCCGGGCGCCUUUUAACGCACGUCGGCCGACUCGCUCUCGGUCCGGCAGGAUCUCCAGGUGUGAAGGUUGUUUUGUUUUUGGAGCUUUCUCUUUCGUUUUGCUCCUUUCAUUUCAUUUCGUAGCGAUAUUAGGUGAUCUUACUGUUGCUGUUCAUUCAUGCCGUCGUUACUGAUUUUCCUUCAGCUGUGAGUAUCUGACAGUCAGAUGAGCUUCAGUGUUUCCUCGCUGGCUUCGUGACUCACCGGCACUGUGCACCUGUUCGAUUCCCACACACACACACACACCCACACCUGCGAGCCCUCCGUUCCAGAUGAGUUCAGUCUUUUCGCGCCUCACGUGUCCGUUUAGUUUUUCUCGUCGGUGUUUCUGCGAUUAGUUUUUUUUUUUUUUUUUUCCAAAGCUUCUCCGUUGUAUUUUUUUUAACGUUGUGACUUUCAGAAGAUCCUGGCGUUGCAUUGUGGGGGAUGAGUGCUGUCGUGGCGCUCUCCUGCCGUCGUCCUCGCUCCCGUUCAGUGUUCUGUUCUCGUUUGUUCUCGGCAGGAAACGGAGUCGUUCUUCACAGCAGGGCAGGACGCAGAAAAAAAGUCACAAUAAAGUGGAGUGGAUUAAUUCAAACCCCACUGGACCAAAAUAUCAAUUCUUCCUUCAAAAGAACAUUUCAUCGUUGGCACAUUUUAAUUCUUCAGCGUUGAAACCGGAGACUCGGUUCAUAAGAAGACACUCGUUCUCGUGUAUUUCCUUCGUUAAAGGUGCAUUUUGUUAAAUUCUACUGAAGUUAACCGGCGGACCAGCCGGAGCGUGCCACUAGGAAAACCACUUCAGACCACACGACGGUGUUGGUUCAUCUUUCUUAUAAUUUAAGCGUAAAAAUAUUGCAGAUAUUUUAGGUUUAUUGGACUUGAACUGAAACAUUUCAUCCAGUUUUUAAGUUUCUAUCUUCAUAUUUUAGCUCAUAAGAAUUAAAACUAGUUCAAGUAUUUUCUCGCUUUGCAUUUUUUGUUUCCCACCGAAGGCCUUCAUGUUAGUAUGAAAGCAGAAAAACUUUUGAAAUACCUUGUACUGCUCAGAAACGCAAAUAUUUCAGGCCUUCUUUCUUUCUUUUCUUUUUUUUUUUUUAAAGCGGCGUUUGACCUGAACCUUCAGAUUUUUUUUUUUUGAACGCACAAAUUUGGAUUUCCUGUUUUCCCGCCAUAUUAGUGUUUAUCUCGAGGAACCAGGUCUCCUGCAGGUGCUCCGCCUUCCUGCUGCACAUCAGUGGAAACAGGUUCCGCCUCGCCGCCGUCGGUACUCGCCGUCCUCCUCGCUACUCACUUCCUCCCUCCUUCCCCGUUUUGGUUUUUUUUUUUUAAUUCUCCCGCAGUGUGGCUCCGGCCGUCCAGAAAGUUCCAUGAACUUUUAAAAGUAGUUUUAUUUCUCCUUCCCAAACAGGAAACCGUGUAAAAUAUUUCUUGUCGCGACUUUAAAACAAAAACAAAAAAAGCCUUUCAGUGCGAAGCGGCCCACCCCGUCUCCAGGACAGAACGAUGAAAGGAAAAAAAAAAAAGAAGAAAAAAACAAACGAACAUGUAAAUAUUGUAGAGGUGUUUGUUUCUCGUAGAAACACACUGA